AUGGGGCAGACUGUCACCACCCCCCUGAGCCUCACGCUUAACCACUGGUCAGACGUGAAGGCACGAGGCAACAAGGAGGGAGUUGUAAUCAAGAAAAAUAAAUGGACCACCCUUUGCAAGGCUGAAUGGGUCAUGAUGGAAAUAGGAUGGCCUCGCGAGGGAACCUUUAACCUCAGUCUUAUUUCACAGGUGGAGGGAAAAGUUUUCGCUCCGAGUCCCCAUGGCCACCCAGACCAGGUCCCAUACAUCGCCAUGUGGAGACUCCUGGCGACAGAACCCCCUCCAUGGGUUAGGCUGUUUCUCUCCCCUCCAGCCCCCCGGCAGCAGCAGCACUCGCCUAAUCCCGGGGCCGAGGAAGCCGGGGCGGGGGACCGCCCCCUGGCUGGCGACCGGCCACUGCCGGGCACACUUCCACCGUGGCGGUGCGCCACGACCGACUCCGGGACGGCUGGGGAGGCCCGGUUUGGGGAAGGUGGCCCGGGAGGGGCGGCGUCACCCGUGGAUGCCGAGUCACCCCGCCCCGAGUGUUACAGCCCCCCGACAACGCCACCGCUCCCUCCCGCCCCUCCUACCUCCUCCACAGCACCACUGCUCCCUCCCGCCCCUCCUACCUCCUCCACAGCACCACCGCUCCCUCUCGCCCCUCCUGCCUCCUCCCUUUACCCUGUUCUCCCACGAAAGGAUCCCCCUAAGGCUCCUGUCUUUCCCCCAGACCCCAAUUCACCUCUUAUUGACCUCCUAACAGAGGACCCACCACCAUACCCAGGGAAUCGGGCGCCGGAGGGACCAGCGGUCCCUGCAGGGGUGCCGGAGGGACCGGCAGCCCCUGCAGAGGCGCCUGAACAGCCUCUAAGGAGAGAGCGGGAGGAUGAGGCUCCGGCUCCCUCCCCAAUUGCCGGUCGCCUACGAGGAAGGCGCGACGAACCAGCCAAAGAAUUCAGGGCCUUCCCCCUUAGGGAAGGUCCUAAUCACCAGCUCCAAUACUGGCCAUUUUCGGCCUCUGAUCUCUAUAACUGGAAGCAGCAUAAUCCUCCUUUCUCUAAGGACCCUGUUGCCUUGACUAACCUGAUUGAGUCCAUUUUAGUGACCCACAAGCCCACUUGGGAAGAUUGUCAGCAGUUACUGCAGACCCUCCUAACGGUGGAGGAGAAGCAGCGAGUCUUCCUGGAGGCUCAGAAGCAGGUUCCAGGAGACGAUGGAAGACCCACUCAAUUGCCUAAUAUCAUUGAUGCAGCCUUUCCCCUCACCCACCCGAACUGGGACUUCGCGACCCCAGAAGGUAGGGAGCACCUACGUCUCUAUCGCCAGUUGCUCUUGGCGGGUCUCCGAGGGGCUGCUAGACGCCCUACCAAUUUGGCUCAGGUUAGGAAUGUGAUCCAGGGAAAGGAGGAGACGCCGGCAGCGUUCUUGGAAAGACUUAGAGAGGCUUAUAGGAUGUAUACCCCGUACGAUCCGGAAGAUCCAGGACAGCACGCGCCGGGUGUCAUCUUGUCUUUCAUCUAUCAGUCAAGUCCAGAUAUAAGGGCCAAGUUACAGAGACUAGAAGGAUUGCAUUCACUCAGUUUGUCAGAUUUAUUGAGAGAGGCAGAGAAAGUGUUUAAUAAGAGAGAAACUCCCGAAGAGCGGGAGGAGAGGAUGUGGCAGAGACAAGAAGAGAGAGAUAAAAAACGUCAUAGGGAAAUAAGUAAAGUCCUGGCCACUGUAGUGUCUCAGGGACAGGGAGGUCAGGGCCAGGAGCCCCCACCUGAGCCUAGGAUAACUCUCAAGAUUGGGGGGCAGCCAGUGACCUUCCUAGUGGACACCGGAGCUCAACAUUCAGUCCUGACCCAUACCGGAGGCUCUCUCAGUGACCACACAGCUUUGGUCCAGGGGGCCACAGGUAGCAGGAGGUAUCGAUGGACCACCGAGAGAAAGGUUCAGCUGGCAUCUGGACAGAACCCCCGCCAGGUGAGGGAGUUCCUGGGUACAGCCGGCUACUGCCGCCUCUGGAUCCCAGGUUUUGCUGAGAUGGCUGCCCCCCUGUAUCCUCUCACCAAGCCUGGGGUCAUGUUCCACUGGGGAGAGGAGCAACAACAGGCCUUUCAACGAAUUAAGAGAACCUUACUUGAGUCACCAGCUCUUGGCCUACCAGAUCUGACUAAGCCCUUUGAACUGUUCAUGGACGAGAACUCAGGCUUUGCAAAAGGAGUGCUGGUGCAGAGACUGGGGCCAUGGAAGAGACCUGUAGCUUAUCUAUCCAAGAAAUUGGACCCGGUAGCUGCAGGAUGGCCCCCCUGUCUGCGCAUGGUAGCCGCCAUUGCUGUUUUGCUCAAGGAUGCAGGGAAACUGACUUUGGGACAGCCAUUAACUGUGUUAUCCUCCCAUGUGGUAGAAGCUCUGGUCCGGCAGCCCCCAGACAGGUGGCUCUCAAAUUCCAGGAUGACCCACUACCAGGCUCUGUUGCUAGACACAGACCGAGUGGUGUUCGGACCAGUUGUCUCCCUCAACCCCGCAACCCUGCUGCCCUUGCCAGACCCAUCCGAGGAGCACAAUUGCCUCCAGAUUCUGGCGGAGGCCCAUGGCACCCGCUCCGACCUAACAGAUCAACCGCUGUCGAACCCAUAUUUUAUCUGGUUCACGGAUGGGAGCAGCUUCCUCCAAGAAGGAGAACGGAGGGCCGGAGCAGCCGUUACCACCGAAUCAGAGGUAGUUUGGGCCUCACCGCUGCCCCCUGGAACAUCGGCCCAAAGAGCAGAGCUGAUCGCGCUGACCCAGGCCCUCCGGAUGGCGGGAGGUAAGAGACUCACGGUCUAUACCGACAGCAGAUAUGCCUUCGCCACUGCCCAUGUACAUGGAGAAAUCUACAGAAGAAGAGGCCUCUUGACCUCGGAGGGUAAGGAAAUUAAGAACAAAAAGGAAAUUUUAGACCUCUUAAGGGCAUUGUUCCUCCCACAUCAGCUCAGCAUUAUACAUUGUCCCGGGCACCAAAAGGAUGACUCUGUCGUAGCACGGGGAAAUCGGCUGGCUGAUCUGACAGCCCGGACAGUCGCCUUACAAUUCCCUAGGGGCGACCAGCUGUUGGUCUUGCAGGACCAACAGCCAAGCAGAGACCCCAUGCCCUACAGCCCGGAGGACCAGGAACUAGCAAAGAAAAUGGGGGCAGAAUGGAUCAAGUUUCUCCACGCGCUAACCCAUUUAAGCAAAAACAAGAUGAGGGCCCUUCUGGCUGAUGAGGCUUCGGACACUGUAUUAUUGAAUCAGGAACAGGUCCUCCAACAGGUGACUUCCAACUGCCCUGCUUGUGCCCAAGUUAAUCCAGGAAAAGCCCAUCUGAGCAGAGGGAGCCGCCUGCGAGGUCACCGCCCCGGAGUCCAUUGGGAACUUGACUUCACCGAGGUAAAACCCGGACUGUAUGGAUAUAGAUACCUUCUGAUUUUUGUAGACACAUAUUCAGAGUGGACAGAGGUCUUCCAUACCAAGAAGGAGACCGCUAACGUGGUAACCAAGAAACUCCUGGAGGAAAUUUUUCCCAGGUAUGGAAUGCCCCAGAUAUUGGGAUCAGACAAUGGGCCCUCCUUCGUCUCCCAGGUAAGUCAGAAGGUGGCCAGGCUACUGGGGAUUGAUUGGAAACUCCAUUGUGCAUACCGCCCCCAGAGCUCAGGACAGGUAGAACGUGCAAAUAGAACCAUUAAGGAGACUUUAACUAAAUUAACGCUUGCAACUGGCACUAGAGAUUUGGUGCUCCUACUCCCUCUAGCCCUUUACCGAGCCCGGAAUACUCCUGGGCCUCAUGGCCUAACCCCGUUCGAGAUUAUGUAUGGGGCUCCCCCACCAAUUGUAAUUUUCCUUCACCCUGAUAUCUCCUCUUUUGCCACUAGCCCUACCCUGGAGGCACACCUCCAAGCCCUCCAACUGGUACAAAAGACGGUGUGGAAACCCCUGGCCGAUGCCUAUCGGGAGCAACUGAAUCGCCCGGUGGUGCCUCACCCAUUCAAGAUUGGGGACUCUGUCUGGGUCCUACGCCAUCAAUCCAAGAACCUAGAGCCGAGGUGGAAAGGACCAUACACCGUCCUGUUAACUACUCCCACCGCACUCAAGGUUGACGGGACAGCGGCUUGGGUCCACGCGUCACAUGUGAAGGGUGCCAAGGAACCCGACGAAGCUGAGAGCACCGAGACAUCAACAUGGAAAGUUCAAUGCUCUCCAAACCCACUAAAGAUAAGACUCACCCGGGGGUCCCCUUGA